CGGCUGCCACCUCUCAUUUGGUUAGCAAGUUACUGUAAAAUUUUCCUCCUCAAGGCACAAGGAUCAGCUGUUGCGCUCAGUGAGUAUUGUGCAUUCCCUAUAACACAUUUGAAUCCCUUUUCAGCUCGAGGGCCACAGUUUGGACAAGAGGUGUCACAUGGUGCAGCGUGACGGGCAGAUGGUGAUCGAUAGAGUUACCAUUACAGGAGAGGACGUGACGAAGGAGAGCGUUUCCCAUCCCAUGUCUGUCCUAAGAGGGCUGGUAACUGAGGGUUCCAACCUGCUGCUGAUGCGCCUGAUCGCUCUUAAGAAGGAGGUGCCACAACACAUGACUUUCAUCUCCCUCGACCAGGGAUUACACAUUAUCCACACCACUUUUAGCGAGCUGGGUCUAAAGCAGCUGGAGGUUGGGGCUGAGACAGUGGAGGUGUUUGGAGUGGAGAGGACUGUUCACUCUGUGGAGGACAGUCCCACUACCUGGCAGUGCUACUUCCUGGCUGAUGGGCACUUGGCCACCAGAAUGCAGGUAGGAUCACCGGUCACCAUGACACUUCUGCAGCUGCCAUCACACCUGGAAAAAGGUUUUGAGAAGACCCCCCUGGUUUGGGAAGAAGACAUGCAGAUGCGCUCCAAGUUCUUGGACAGAAAGGAGGAGCUGAAGGGGGACCAUGCCUCCUACCUGAGACAGCAUCCAGAGAUCCGUGCCCUUAUAUCUGACUUCUUACAGUUCUUGCUGCUAAGGAAACCAGAUGAUAUCUUCUCGUUUGCCAGAGAGUACUUUCUCCCUUUUGCCUCCCGCCGUCCUCCAGAGCCAAGCCUGAAAGCCCCCUCACUCUGAAAGCACACCGGGGGGAGGGGCCGUGCUUAAAUCAGCCUUUUUUUUUAAAUAACUUUCUGUUGUUGUUUAUCAGUUUAACUGGAGAUUAAAAUUUUAAUUUAUAUUUGGCUUGUUCUGUUUGUGUGAGUGACAGAUGAUUAGUAUAUGAAUAA